CGCGACGACAACAAUGUCCGUCUCCCUCGUCUCCAACAUAUGGCUUGAAGAGAACUCGCUCAAGAUAAGGACGAAGCCGGUGCCAUGGGAGGGCUACCAGCGCGCGGACCUCGUCACCUCUGAGGAGCUCGCGUUGAUCAAGAAGGUCGACCGCCAGUCGCGCGCCAAGAUAGAGUCUAUCUUGCUUUCCGAUGGGCAGGCAUACGCGCUUCUGUAUCUUCGACUUCUCAAGAAGCUGCAGCGGGUCGAUACUAUGCAAUGUCUGCUGGUGCUCAUCGCGGAUGCAUUGACGGAUCAUGACGAGCGUAUACCACUAUUCCUCCGCACCCGCGAGUCCGAUCCAGAGCUCCCAUACGGCCCCCUCUUGCGCACGAUUGAUACCCAGGACGAGUUCGUGCAACUCAAGGCUGCGCAGAUCUUGACCGUCCUCCUCUGCGCAGAACCCGCACCCCUCCCCACGAACCUCCUCCAGCCCUUCCUCAAUACCCUCGCUACGCAGGUUACUGCAGGGUCUGUCAACCGUCGCGAUGUCGCUGUCCAGUGCUUGGAGGCUUUGCUUGCGCGGCCAGAGGUUAGGCAGGCCGUGUGGUCGAUACCCAAGAUCAUCACUGGGCUUGUCGACAUCCUGAAGAAUAAGCCUGGUCCGCAAAUGAGCUACCAGGUUGCGUUCUGCUUCUGGUUGCUCACGUUCGAGCAGAAUGUGGCAGAGGAAAUCAACAAGAAGUACGAUGUCAUUCCCCUCCUCAUCUCUGUCGCGCAAGAGGCCGUGAAGGAGAAAGUCAUUCGCGUCAUCGUCGCGACCUUCAAGAACCUCGUCUCCCGUGCGCCGACCGCCAACCUCCCCGCGAUGCUCGUCUCCCAGCUGCUCCCCUUCGCCAAGAACCUCGCCGCGCGUAAGUGGUCCGACGAGGACAUCGUCGAGGACGUGCAGUACCUGCGCGAUGAGCUCGCCGCGCGAUUCCAGAGCCUGACAACGUGGGACGAGUACGCGAGCGAGCUGGCGUCGGGCCACCUGAGCUGGACGCCGGUGCACGAAUCGGACGAUUUCUGGAAGGAGAACGCAGCGAAGUUGAAUGAGAAGGAUGCGAAGGAGUUGAAGACGCUGAUCAAGCUGCUGAACGACUCGAGGGAUGCCCUAGUGCUUGCGGUCGCGGUGCACGAUAUCGGGCAAUAUGUGAAGCACUAUGAGCGGGGGAAGAAGCUCAUCAACGACCUCGGCGCGAAGACGCGCGUGAUGGAGCUCAUGACGCACCCAGAUGCGGACGUGCGCUACCGCGCGCUGUUGUCAGUGCAAGCUUUGGUUAGCCAGCCGUGGAUUACGGCGUAGGGAGAGGAGUACAUGCACGUAGGAUUUACGCAUGUGUAAGGUCGUUUUGCGAAGACCCUCGAGCGCAGAUGCGCCCUGGAGAGAAGGCGGACAGCGCGAGGAAACCAUCGCAAGUAAUAUAUUCUACCUUGUAGCUCGCAGCUUGCUACUCACCGGACGCUUUAUGAUGACCAUGUUGCAGUAUCCUAUGGGCGGAUAGUUGGGCGGCUAAUCGCCCGCUUGCAG